GUUCAGGUUCUGAGUUCAGAGUUGUGGUCUUCAGGCUCAAAUUCUUGGUUCUUGACAGAAUUUAGCUAUGGCAACAAGUGCUAGUGUUCAGCUGCUGGGGGCAUGGUCAAGCCCAUACUCAAACAGGGUUGAACUGGCUCUUAAGCUGAAGUCUGUCGAGUAUGAAUUUGUGGAAGAAGCUUUCUACGCCAAAAAAAGUGAACGUCUUCUUAAAGCCAAUCCGGUGUACCAAAAGGUCCCGGUUUUGAUCCACGAUGAGAAGACGGUCUGUGAGUCUUUGGUCAUCGUUGAGUACAUUGACGAGGCCUGGACUGGUAAGGGUCCGUCCAUUCUCCCAUCUGAUCCUUACGAACGUGCCAUAGCACGUUUUUGGGCUGGAUACAUCGAUCAAAAGUGGUUUCCAACGAUGAAGCAGCUGGAAACGGCAUCAGGGGACGAGGAGAAGAGAAACAAAGGGAAAGCGUUUUUCGGGGGAGACGACGUGGGAUACCUUGAUAUUGCACUAGGAUGCUACUUGGGGUGGGUAAAGGUAGGAGAGAUAAUAGGUGGUGGGAAGCUGCUUGAUGAAAGCAGGUUUCCGGGAUUGGCAGGAUGGGCUGAGAGGUUUCUUUCGCAUGACGUCGCUAAGGACAUCGUCCCCGAGCCUCUGAAAAUUCUAGACUUCUUUGGGAAGGUUCAAGCUGCAAGAGCUGCUGCUGCUACAACAGCUGCUGAGUGA